AUGACAUUCAAAGAUAUACCUGAGGCUAGAAAAGUGAUAAAUUUGUAUUGCUUAGCCAACUGUUAUGGUCUAAAACAACUCAAGAGUGAUAGCAUUAGACUGAGGUACAGGUGUGAGGUUGGUUGCCCCUUUGUAUGUCUAAUUUCUGAGGAUAAGAAUGGUGGUGGGAUUAAGAUCAAAACUCUUAAGUCAAAACACAAGUAUAACCCUGCAUAUGACAAUCCUAGGAUAGACAAAAAUACCAUAGCAGAAUAUUUUAAGAACAAGCUGCAAGAGAAUCCUAUGAUCAAAGUUAAGGAGAUGAAAAUAACCUUAAAAAAUACUUUCAACAUCAAUGUUAGCCAUGCAAAGUGUAAGAGGGCCAAGAGAAUGAUACUUGAAUCCCUUGCUAGUAGUUUUACUAAUGAGUAUAAUAAGAUAGAGGCAUAUGCUAAUGAAUUGAGGUUGAGUAAUCCAGGGAGUGAUGUAAUAGUUACCUUAUCAAAGGAUGCACUUGCUGAAGGAAAAAGAAGAUUUUCUAUGAUGUAUAUCUGUUUUCAUGCUCUAAAAAUGGGGUUUAAGAGUGGGUUGAGGCCCUUCAUUGGCUUGGAUGGAACCUUCUUGAAAGGAAAGGCCAAAGGUCAGCUUUUAGUUGUUGUUGCUCUUGAUUCAGUGAAUCAUUUUUAUCCUAUUGCUUGGGCUGUUGUGGAUAAAGAAACAAAGGGCUUGAUUGAGGCAGUUCAAGCAGUAGUUCCUAAUGCACACCAUAGAUACUGUGUGAGGCACAUAGAGGCUAACUGGUGUAGAAGAUGGGGUGCUGGGAAUUUGAAGAAAAAAUACUUGUGGUGGUGUGCAUGGAGUAGCUAUGAAAAGACUUCAAGGAUCAUUUGA